AUGGAUCCUUUGCCCGAAAAUCAUGAAUUUAAGCACCCAGAGCUGGCCUAUGAUGUCGAACCGAAUUAUCAGCCUGCUAUCAAGAUUUCCGUUUACUUUCGCAAGCGUGAUGGAAUUUCAUCUGAGCAAUUCCACAAGCACUGGGAAACUGUCCAUGCAGACCUAGCCGCUGCUACCCAGGCUUUUCAAAACCACAUCUUGCGUUAUGUUCAGCAUCAUCAAACACCCGAAAUGAAGGCACGUGCGGCGAGCCUAGGAGAAAAUGUCCUCGAAUACGAUGGGUGUGCACAGCUAUGGGUUCGAUCAUGGAGCGACUGGCAGGCUUUUUAUAAUAGCGCUGAAUACGCGGCUGCUUUAAGCGAUGAUUGUAACCGAUUUAUGGCUUUGCCUAUGACCUAUAUGAUCGGGUAUGAAAAUCUAGUAGUGGGCGAUGCAUCUGGUGUGAUUGGUGGCAAAGAUGGACUAGCGACCAAGGCGAUGAACAAGGCCACAGAAGGCUAA